AUGAGCCUGCGUUUCGAGCCGCCACUGAUUUUUGAUCCGCGCGAUCUUGUUUGCUUUGACUUUGAUGGCGUCCUCCAUUCAAGUGUCAACAGCAAGGGCCAGGCUGCGCUCCCCGGAAAGGAACAGAGGCAGGGCAAGCAGGUCGCGUGCGAAAAGGUGAUCAGUUUUGCGAAGAGUAUUUUGUGUGGACGACGACGAGAGAGUGUUGAUUUAAUACAUUUAAAAGCGUCUGGUGGUCAGAUGAAGAACCACAAAGUUGAAGCAGGUCGCGGACAAGAGCCGGAGAACGCUCUUGUUCAACACUCCUCUCUGAUCGUCAUCACCGCGAAUAAAGAGGAAAAUGUCAGGGCUUUUCUAGCACACCGGUUUGAUUCUGAUUCAUUUGAAAUCAUCCGAGCUGGCUGUUGCAGCUCCGGGAGCGGACAUCGCGGCUUGAAAACCCGGAAGUUCGAGGUUCUACGCCAGUUCUUGGACGGAAGUUCUCGACAACCUGUGGUCCUGCCGGAGAGUUCUCGACAACCUGUGGUCCUGCCGGACGGGACGAGAUUUUCUAGUUGCACGAAGCAGGUGACGAACCCCAAGAUUCGUGACUCGGUCGCCCCUGUGCCUGUCGCUUUUCCCCCUGAAACUGGAGCUACAAACUGUGGACGGCCACAAGCUCAGAACCGUUCGCGCUCUCGACUUUCAAGAAGGCAGGGGACCGGUGCCUGUGGUGAGGGCAAGAGCACCGGGAUUGCGUCGUUGACGAGAAGCGCAGAGUCCACCAGACUUUCAGUUUCAACCUCACCUUCACGCCCCUGCGGAAAUAGAAUCUUUCUUCUCGAUGACAACCUGCGCGUUUUACGGCAAUGCAGCCGGCAAUUGUCACCCCAGGAACGAGAGCGCAUCAAGCUGGUUUGGGUUCCGCUGAAAGGAAGGGAAGACGGAGAUUAUUAUGGAGAAGGUGCAGAGCCUGCUGUGCCGGAGAGGGAUAAAAAUCACGUGGACUACAUAUUGCGACGGUGAAGUAAGUAAGUAGGUAUUGAUAUUUCUCAGCUGCCAACAAGGAGAACAACGAGAAGGAUCGAUACGGAUGAGAGCAAAAGGAUGAAGAGCGGACUCGUCCGCUUCUACGCUGGCAAUACCUUUGUCAAAGCAAAUUGAUGUCUCUCGAACCUUGAUUGCCGUGGUGCGGUCGCUGGGAAAGCGCUGUUGAACUUCGAUUUGCUGUUGGAGUGCAGAUCAUGGACAGCUUUCCUCUCGCUUUCCCUGUUCGACAUGGACAGACGAAAACAAUAGACAUUGG